AUGACACUCGCUCUGCCCCCCAAUCUGGCUGUUCUGGCCGAUCGCGUGGCUUCGGGAAGCGCCUGCAAACCUCCUCUGCAGUACGGCAAGAAUGUCUACAACCAAUCUUUGACCGGAGAGAUUGAGCAAUGGGUCAAGGAAUGUCAAUCUCCUCCCUCUGCCAGGGCGCUAUUGUACUCGCUCAAUGACGAUCCAGAGGCGCAUGAGGUGAGUUUCACUGCAACCCAGAGGUGGAUGCAAGUCCAAGGUGAAGAGUUCAGGCUUGGCAAGUCGACGACGGCAAGAAGAGGUGUGCGUGCCGCCAAGCGCGCACCCUCACGGCGUAUCAUCGCUGCUAUUGCGCACGAGGCUGACUUCGAAUGCCGCAGAUUGCUCAAGCAGAUGAGGGCGAUGCCACUUCGGACUUGCUGCACUCCAUCCAUCAUCGUCGCGAAGGAGAUUUCUGGAACUCCAAGUGGUGGAUUCGACAGAUAUCUCAUCCCGUUCUUCAAUCCGUCCAUGGAGGCUCAAAAGGUGCACAGAGCUUUGUCGAUGCUGUAGAGAGCAUCACCAAGGGCGCAGGAACGGUCUGUGGAGCAAAGAGGCUAGACGAGCUCAGGGAUACGCAAGCGAAGGAAUUCAGGCAACUCUUGAGGGCUACUUUCGAUCUACAGGGAGAUAGAUGGGGAGAUUGA